CCGGCAGAGCCCGGACCGGGACAGAGCCUCCCCCCCCAUGGUGGACACGGGGGACAGGGGGCGGCGCAGCCCCCCCAGGCUGGCACAGCACCGGCGGGACCUGGAGGAGGAGCUGCGGGACCUCAGCAACCAGGUGGCGGCGCUGGGGCGGAGCCUGGCGGCAGAGAGAGGGCGUGGCCUGGCAGAGGGCGGGGCCCUGCGUGCGCUGGAGAUUGCUGUGGGCGGGGCCCAGGCCCGGAUGGGCGGGGCCUGCAGGGCCAGGGACCGGGCCAAUGAGAGACUGCGGCUGCAGCAGGAGGCGGGGCAGCUGCUGUGGGCGGAGCUCCAGGCCGCCCGCGCUGCCCGUGCGGGGGCGGAGCUUCGGGCGCAGGAGGCGGAGUCACAGUGCCGGGCACGGGGGGAGGAGCUUCAGCAGCUGCGAGAGGCCGUGGAGGAGGCCCGGCAGUGCCGGCGCCAGGCGGAGCAGGAGCGGGACCGAGCGGCCGCUCAGGUGGGACACGGCCCCCGGCACAGUCCCCCUCCCGCUGACCCCGGGGGGCUGCAGGCGGCGCUGGAGGAGCUGCGGGAGCACAACCGGGGGCUGCGGGACCACCUGGGACAGCGGCUGGGACAGGUGCAGGAGCUGCGUGAGGCGCUGUCCCUCGCGGGGCAGCGGGCGCGGGAGGCCCAGGGUGCCCAGGCCCGGCUGGCACGGGAGCAGCGGGAGCUGCAGGAGCGGCUCCUGCGCCCCCCGGUGCCCCCCACGCCCCCCGAGAGCACCCUGAGGAGCCGCUGCCUCCACCUGCAGGAGCUGCUGCGCAGGGAGGAGGGGACCCGGCUGUCCCUGUCACGGGCCGCGCGUGUCACCGGCCGGCGCCUGCGGGCUCUGGUGGCCGAGGUGGAGGAGCAGCGGCUGCGGGGGGAGAGAUACCGGCUGCAGGCCCGUGCCAGCGAGGUGGCGGCGGGGCUGGUGGCGGCGCAGGUGGCGGCGGUGGCCGCGGGCACAGCGCGGGCACUGGCCCAGGGCCACGUCCUGCGCCGGCAGCUCGACCACGUCGGCGACGGCGCCGCGGCCACGGCGCGGAGUGUGGCCGUGCUCAGGGCCCGGCUCAGGUGCGACCCCCUGACCGUGUCCCGCACGGUGCGGCGGAUGCUGCGGGGGGGCGACAGCGGCGACAGCGGCGACAGUGGCGACAGCGGCGACAGCGACACCCCCCCCGCCACCCCCGGCACCCCCCCGCACAGCCCCGGGCCCUGGGGGGAGCUCGGACCCACCCCCAGCGCUGCGGGAGCCCCUCGAACCCCCCCCUGA